GCGGUAAAUUUCUCCGUGACGCAGUUAAUAUCAGUUUGUGGCUAAGUGCGAAAGUGCAUCGAAUUACUUGGUUGAAAAAAGUGAAAACGUUUAAAAUGAUUUCAAUACUUUUAUUGAAUACGUGCUUCAUUAUAUUCAUUUAUAACAUUUAUUUGUAUCUUUUUUCGAGACCUGCCAAUUUUCCACCGGGACCGCCGAAAGUGCCAUAUUUUGGUAGCUAUAUUUUCAUGCUGUUGUUGAAUCACAAGCAUCUGCAUCGCGCCGUCAAUCGAAUUUGUCAGUUUUAUAAAUCGUCUGUUAUUGGAUUCUAUUUAGGAAAAUUCCCAAUUGUAGUUGUGAAUGACAGUGAAAAUGUGAAAAAAGCAUUGUUUCAUCGUGACUUUGACGGUCGACCAGACAUUUUGAUGGGAAGAAUGCGGCACCCGAAUUUGGAUCUGCACGGAAUUUUUUUCACGGAAGGAGACACAUGGCAUGAACAAAGACGUUUCACAUUACGUUACUUGAGAGAUUUUGGAUUUGGGCGGCGAUUUGAUUCGUUAGAGAAAGAAAUGGAAAUUCAAAUUUCACAAUACAUUGAUAUCAUCAAGAAUGGGCCGAAAUAUCCACAUGAACAAAAAUACUUUAAAGAUGGCAAAGUAUUAUUGCCAUACGCAUUUGGGCCGGCGUUUGGAAAUUGCUUUAUAACUUGUUUGCUAAAUGAACCCAUGCCUCGUGAAUAUAUGGCUAAAAUUUGCACUGCUGUUGAGAAUGGUUUCAUAUUUCAACGAAAAACCGACAACUAUGGAAAAUUAUACAGUUUGAUCCCGAAUUUUGCAAAGUAUUUCCCUGGUUUUUCUGACUAUCAAGUCGUGAGAGAAGCUUCAAUUGAAUUGUAUACCUUCUUCUCGGAUAUCAUCAAUGAACAAAUAAAAACGUUCGACGAAAGUCACGAACGGCACUUCAUCGACAUGUAUAUAAAUAAAGUACGAGCAGCGGAGAUGAAUGGCGACGAAACAUCGACUUAUUCAUACGACCAGUUAAUUUUGGCGUGCAUUGACUUCGCCUUUCCAGCUUUAACCGCUUUAUCAACGACAGUCACAUUUUUGUUCCAACAAAUAUGCCAUGAACCAGAAGUGCAGCGAAAAAUUCAAGAAGAAAUCGAUCAUGUUGUUGGUCAAGGUCGUUUUCCCACAUUGGAUGACCGUAUAAAUUUACCAUACUCAGAGGCUUGUAUUCGCGAAAUAAUGCGCUUUGAAACGUUAGUGCCUUCGGGUCUGCCACAUAAAGCUCUGGUUGACACCGAAUUUUUGGGCUAUACUAUUCCGAAGGGAACGGUUAUAAUGCCUGCACUAGAUGCUGCAUUCCACGACCCAACUGCAUGGUAUCCAAUCUUGAAUUAA